AAUAAUAGAGGAGGAAGAAAAUAAAAUGUGUUCGUCACACAGGGUGAUUCAAUAAUGCUAUGAAUAAAAACACAAAUCAGCUGAUCAUCAGUGAGCCCAUAAUAUUUGUGUAAGCCCACUAUUGGUACAAAUCGGUUGAACUGCAACACUGCUUAUCAUCUGUUUGGAUUAGUGACAACAAUCAUUGGAAAUUUCCAUUGGGACACAAAAUGGAAUAUUUACUUGUAUAUAUGGGAAAAUUUGCGCAUUGCUUUCAUUUAAGAACUGCGCAAAGAGCAAAUAUAAAUUUACUUGUUAGCGUGUUUUCCUGCAAUCAACAUAUCUUUCUAAAUUUGUAUUUGUUUGGUUAAUUAAUUACAUUAUAUUUGUAUGCAGUAAACCAGCAUCAUAAAAAUAAACCCUUUAACAAAGUUGCUCUGAGUUACAAAAAUAGGAUUAAUAAAUUGUGGCGUGAUUAAAAUUUUUGAAGUAAAAAAGCCAAUCGCUAUUGAAUACGCAUCAUCAUCAUAUUAUCACUUAAUCCAUUAAAGAAAAAAAGUCAUCGUCGAAAGGCUACAAGUAAACAAAACAAUAGCAGCACCAGCAACUGAAGCUACUUUUUUCUGUUCUGAUUGACGUAACUGGCAUAAUUUGAGUAAACAAUGAAUCGAAUGACUAUGGGUUCGGUUCGCGUGGCAAGAAGCGGGAAUCUCUUAAAUGAUACAUUUACAGCAGCUAUUCAAUCUACUGCUUCAACAUCAAAUUCAGACUUUACGUAUACAGAUAAUGGUCAAUUAAAUUCCUCCGGAAAAGCAUCAUUAAUAAAUAGAACUAUGGUGUCAGCUCCUAACAGCGACGCUUUAAAGUCAAGUAAAAAUCCCGAAGAAGCCUCUAAAAUUGUAAAAAAAUCUGAUGUAAUCUGUUUCGAUGUUGAUUCAACUUUAAUCUGUGAAGAAGGGAUCGAUGAGCUGGCAGAUUUUUGCGGUAAGGGUUCGGAGGUAGCACGCGUCACAAAAGAAGCCAUGGGUGGCGCAAUGUCUUUCCAAGAUGCCUUAAAUAUAAGAUUAAAUAUUAUUCGACCAAGCCAAAAGCAGAUCAAUGAGUUUCUCCAACAACGUCCUUGUACAUUAACUAAAAAUAUUAGAGCUUUUAUAGAAAAACUAAAAUCGGAAAGGAAGGAAAUUUAUCUAAUUUCGGGCGGAUUUCAUUGUUUGAUCGAUCCCAUUGCCGAUGAACUGGGAAUACCCCGAAAUCAUAUAUUUGCAAAUAAACUACUUUUUUAUUUUAAUGGUGACUAUGCAAGUUUUGAUACUUCACAACCGACUUCAAAAAGUGGCGGCAAAGCUGAAGCAGUUUCGAUUAUUAAAUGCUACCAUCCCAACACUAAUAUUACAAUGAUUGGUGAUGGUGCGACGGAUUUAGAGGCAUCGCCUCCUGCAAACAAUGUUAUUGGUUUUGGUGGAAAUGUGCUGCGUAAUGAAGUCUAUCAGCGGUCCCAGUAUUACAUUAUGGAUUUUGCCCAAUUAAUGUGAUAAAAUUUUACAGGGAAGCAGAUUACACAUUAUUGGGUGUUUCUACAUCAAUGUAUUUUCAGAAUUUAUAAGUUACUUUAAGAUAAUCAGUAGUAAUAUAUUUUAAAUUAACCAUGAAUUAUACCUGAAUUUCGAACAUUUAGAAACAUUAUAUAAAUACCAACAAGCAUGCCGAAUUAUUCUUUGUAGUAAAGAUAAAAUAUUACAAAUUAUAUUUUGUUAACAAAUAGUGGUAAAUUGAGGUUAUGAAAAUGUAAAUAAAUGUUGAUUGUACAAAUAGUUAUUUAGAAUUCCCCUUGUGGUUGUUAAAAUCACAUUUAUAUAAACAUAAAUAAAGUUAUGGCAAUGGUUAAAUAAAUACAAAAA